AUGGGGUAUUUCUCCUAUAUUAGAAGACCUUCGGACAGUAACACAGAGGAAUUAUCUCUGAACAAGCAGCUAGCACACCGGAUAGAUGUAUUCUUAUCAUUUCAUCCUUAUGCUAAACCACUGACCUUGUUAGUUGCCACUCUGCUCCUUAUUUGUCUUGGUGGCUUAGCACUUUUUGGUAUGACAGAUGAUAGCAUAACAGACUGCCUUUGGUUUUCAUGGACGUAUGUUGCAGAUUCAGGAAAUCAUACUAAUUCUGAAGGCAUUGGUCCACACCUAGUGUCAGUUUCUAUUAGUUUUGGUGGAAUGCUGAUAUUUGGCAUGAUGCUCGGAGUAGUUUCUGAUGCAAUCUCUGAGAAGUUUGACUCACUUAGGAAGGGAAGAAGUGAAGUAGUUGAGCAGAACCACACACUUAUACUUGGUUGGAGUGAUAAACUGGGAUCAUUAUUGAAUCAGCUUGCGAUAGCUAAUGAGUGUUUGGGGCGAGGAACUGUUGUGUUGGCUGAGCGGGAUAAAGAAGAGAUGGAACUUGAUAUUGCUAAAAUGGAGUUUGAUUUUGGAGGAACUUCUGUCAUAUGCAGAAGUGGAAGCCCCUUGAUUUUGGCUGACCUGAAAAAGGUGUCUGUCUCUAAGGCUUGUGCAAUAGUUGUCCUUGCUGAAGAUGGGAACGCUGACCAGAGUGAUGCCCGUGCUCUGAUGACAGUCUUAAGCCUUACGGGAGUAAAGGAGGGACUUCGGGGCCACCUAAUGGUUGAACUCGGUGAUCUUGAUAAUGAGGUCCUUGUGAAACUUGUUGGUGGAAAUCUUGUUGAAACUGUGGUAGCUCAUGAUGUAAUUGGAAGCUUAAUGAUUCAAUGUGCUAGACAGCCAGGUCUUGCGCAGAUAUGGGAAGACAUCCUUGGAUUUGAGAAUUGUGAGUUCUACAUCAACAAAUGACCACAGUUGCAUCGCGUGCAAUUUGAAGAAGUCCUAAUCAGCUUUCCUGAUGCUAUUCCUUGUGGAAUCAAGGUGGCAUAAUCAGGUGGAAAAAUAAUACUGAAUCCGGAUGAAUCAUAUGUGUUGCAAGAAGGGGAUGAGGUCCUUGUUAUUGCUGAGGAUGAUGACUCAUAUGCUACAGCAGCACUGCAUAUGGUUCAGAGGGGAAACUUGCCAAAGAACUUAAUUAUCUCAAAGACUACAGAGCGGAUUCUUUUUUUGAGGUUGGCGACGAGAUAUGGAGGAUAUGAUAAUGUUCCAGAGAAUGAUGAGGGUAAUGCUGUUAUUCGACGCCAUCUAGAAAGUCUUCCCUUGGAAUCAUUUGACUCGAUCUUAAUUUUGGCUGAUGAAUCAGUGGAAGAUUCCGCAAUUCAGGCUGAUUCCAGAUCACUUGCCACAUUACUGUUAAUACGGGAUAUUCAGGCCAAACGCCUCCCAUACAGAGAAUCUAUGGUUUCCAUAGUUCAUGGGGGUAGCUCCUCCCUGGGCUCCUGGAGAGAGGAGAUGCAGCAGGCUUCAGAUAAGUCAGUUAUAAUCAGUGAAAUUUUGGACCCGAGGACUAAAAAGCUCUUGUCUAUGUCAAAGAUAAGUGACUAUGUUUUGUCAAAUGAGCUAGUUAGCAUGGCAUUGGCCAUGGUGGCAGAGGAUCGUCAAAUAAAUGAUGUAUUGGAAGAGCUGUUUGCUGAAGAGGGAAAUGAGAUGCAAAUAAGAGGAGCAUCCCUAUACCUUUGUGACAUUGUGGAGUUGAGUUUUUAUGAAGUGCUUCUGCGUGCACGGCAAAGGAGACAGAUUGUGAUUGGUUACCGUCUUGCUAAUGCAGACAAAGCAGUCAUCAAUCCCCCAGCAAAAACAGAGAGAAGAAAAUGGUCAGUUAAGGAUGUUUUUGUUGUUAUAGCUGACAAGGAAUGAAAUAUGUAAUCCUUCCAGCCAACCUGAAUUUCUCGUGCAUCAUUGGUACCAUAAAUGCAAGAUGCCUGUAAGAUAUUGUCAGUCUCCUCUCGAGUCUCUUGUUCAAAUAAAUGAGUUGUGGAUGCAGAUGAAAUUGCACUACACAUCACAUUUUGGUUCAGGAACCAUAGCAUGAUACAAUCAACCAAUUUUUUUGCCUCAUCAACUCUUCACUUAGUAUACUAGGAUAAAGGACUGAACAAAUUUGCUUCAGGUUUCUCUAAAUGGCAUACAUUGUAGAAUUCUGUCAUGUAAAUGUGUAUAAUGUCAUUUUAAGGAUGUCAACUAUGUUGUUUAUCAACCCUACUAUUUGUUCUACAACAACAGAGUUGGCAAAACUAAUUAUGUUUAAAGGUCCUGUAAUGCAUGAAAACAUUGAUGUAUCA